CCGGUAGGCACCUAAUCUUAAUAUUAUGGCGUAAGGUAGGGCGAAGGGUGUUUCUGCUACCUCGGUCAAUUUCUCCAAAAAAGUAAAAAAUUCGGAAUCAAAAUGGGAAAGAAACAUAGGUUUACUGUCAAAAGCUUUGAGAAAUACAUAGAAGUAACAAUUUCACAAUACUCUGAGCAAGUCCAACUCAAAAAUUCACUUCCCCCAAACAAUGACUAUUUAUCCUCAUCUGAAAUUAGAAAUAUUUUUAAAAUGAUUUCUAAAUAUAGUAGUUUACAAAAGGGUCUGUUGGAAAUAAGGACAAAAUUUGAAGAUCUUCUACAAGAAUUUUUCUCUGCAAGCUCUGAUUGUAUAUCAUUAGUCGUUUGUUGGUUAUUGAUAAGAGAUAAAUGUUCUAAUGAUAAUUUAAAUUUUUUAUUUUACCCUAUCCAUAAAUCUAAUAGAGGAAAAGAAAGUAGUUGGACAAUUGUAGUCAUCAUUAGUACUAAGCAGUUUCUAAGCUAUAACAAGUGUUCUCCUAGAAUAGAUACUAGGUGUGAUGGUGUAAAAUAUGAUAAAAUGUUCUCUAAAUGUUUGAUGCUAGACAACUCCAAACUGUGUAAUGCCACUUCUUUGCAAACUAUUAACUUAGAUGUUUCAAAAGUAAACUUAGUUAAUAAGGGUAAAAGUAGUUCAGAGGAAAAGAAAAAAACUGUUCUUGAUGAUCUUUUACAUCACAGAAAUAUUCACAUUAGGCAUCCUUAUGUAUAUUCUGUAUAUUUUAACACCGCAAAUGCAUGGCACCCGAAAGCUAUAGAUGAUAUUCCUUGGUCAUGGUUAAAUGAAGAAAAAUGGAGGCUUCACACUUUUGCCAAGUAUCCACAGAAUACAGCCAAAUCAGCCAUCUUGCUUGCCGCAGAAGGCUUUGCUUAUAUAGGAGUAGGGAAAGGCUCAGAUGACAGUGUGAUCUGCUACUUCUGUUGUUCUGUAAAGAGACACUGGGCUAUGUUUGAUGUUAUUCCGGAGAUUCAUAGAACCCUUUGUCCUGAGUGCCCCAUGGUCACUGGGGUCAACUGCAACAAUGUACCCAUGAUUGCGCCCACAAAGGGAAAUACACUUUUCUACAACAUGGGUCAGGGGAGUUUAGCUGUAGCCUCAGGGACAGAGAGGAUAAAGGGUUCCACAGGCAAAGAUUUAACAACAGAUGGGUCUCAAGCCUCAGGUAGGCAGUCUCUUGCAGUUCAGAGGGACUCACAGCAGGCACAAGCUCGUGAUAUUGAAACAGAUUCCCCUAAAGAAGGACAGUACCCUAGAGCUAGCAGUUUUUUAACUGCUGAGACUAGUUCAAAUGGCGCCAGUCAGCAGAGAAAGUCAGGUGCCAGCAGUACACCAUCUACCCAACCAUCUGACAACGAUGCCUCUUCUAACAUGGUAACUUCCAACAGUUUUGAGCUUUACAGUGACAGUACACCAGUCAGAAAUAACAGUGAAGCUGUAAGAAAUAGUGAUACUAAUACUGUCCGAAAUAAUAGCAGUACAGUACCCAUAGCCCAGACCCCAGCUUCCCCACCCCCCACCCCGGCUUCCCCACCCCCUACCGUAGCACCCCCACCCCCAGCAACUGCAACCACCUCCAACGCAGCAGCUGCUUCAACUCCUACAGACAUAACUCAGACCAACACCAACAGUGAAAACACCAAUGUCAUGCAGACAAAAACUGGCCAAGGGGCCAGAAAAGAUGGCCGUGGGCCGACUUAUUCAGAGCUAGGCAUCAUCACAGAGAGGCCUAAGAGAUAUGAAUAUGCCCUGAAGGUGAAAAGGCUAGAGACAUUUGAUGCAUGGCCUAGAGGUCAUCAUUUAAAGACACAAGAUCUGGCUGAUGCUGGGUUUUAUUAUGCUGGGUAUGGUGACUGUGCUAGAUGUUUUUACUGUGGGGGUGGUUUGCGGAACUGGGAGGAUAACGAUGAUGUGUGGGUGGAGCACGCCAGGUGGUUCCCUAAAUGUGCCUACAUACGCCAGCAAAUGGGACAAGUCUUCAUUGAUACAGUCCAAGAUUUAAACAAGAACUUCGACCAGAUUCCCUUUAAACUUGUAAUGGAGAAAAUGCCUCAGAGAGUUUUUCAGCUAGAAUCUAAAGACACGCCACUAGCUAGAGAUCCAGCUGUCAGGACACUUGUUGACAUGGGAUUCUCCAUGAAAGAUGUUUUGUCAGUAGCAGAGUUGCUUAAAGAGGAAGAAGCAAGUAUCUUGUCAGCUGACAAACUCUACGAGCGCCUAGUUAGCGAAGGUAAGCUAAGAACAACAAAAGGUCAAGUUCAGCAAGCUGUUGUCCCAAGUACAGAUGUCUCAUCUGAUUUGGAGAGCCUGAGACAACUGAAGGAACAAAACAACCAGCUGCGCCAACAAACGGUGUGCAAGAUCUGCAUGGACAAGGAGGUGGCUGUUGUGUUUCUACCCUGUGGUCACCUGGUCUCCUGCAGCGACUGUGCCGUGGCCAUGAAGGACUGUCCAGUUUGCCGGAACAAUGUUAAAGGAGUUGUCCGGGCGUUCAUGGGUUGACCUCUCACACCCCCCUGCUAGACGGGCAGGACAUAUACUCAACCAGGACCCUAACAAUGGUGUGUUAAGAUAGAACCACAUUUGUUAGCCAAUGUGGCAUGUCAGUAUGACUUCCUGGAGAUGAAUGAACCCAGAGUACCUGACAAAAUUUGGGGACAGCCAAGUUUUCAAAUCCCUUCAUAUGCCAGAAGCAUACUGAAGUGGUGCUUCAGAUUUUACUGUGAAAUCUCACUCCCCACUUUUCAAAUCAGCAUGCUCUAUAGAAAAUUAAAAAGAGUUCACAAAGAUUUAAUAAACUGUUCAUCUAUUUGAGAAAAUUUCCACAGAAGAGUUUUUUUUUCCUUGGUUUUCAAAUUUUGUUAGCUUUGUUUGUUAAAUCUAAAUAGUUAUAAUAUGAUAUAGUUUAGAAAUAACAUAUUUUAAUGUCAUAUUGUCUAGAAACUGAUCCGGACUGUGUCAAUGGUGUAGGUCCACAGCAUGAUCCAAAUUGUUCCUUUAUGUUUCUUGCAGGACAUGAUCACAUGAUGUCUUUGUCGAGACACCCCUCUCUCCAAUUUUUUUAGUUUAUUCCCAACUGACCUAUUUUUUUCACCAGCCUAAAAAUGUAAAUCUAAAUAGUUUUGAAAUAAAUAAAACAGUUUUAAAAAUA